GUCCCGGUUUGUACGAAACAAUCGUCGGUGGCGCUGUAAUAUUUUCAAGUAUCACCGUCGUUUUUUAAUUUACUCUUGACCUGGAUUAACUCUUUUCCGCGGACUGACGCUGAAGUAUUCCUAUUCAUUAGUCUUUCCUCGUGGUUAUUCAAUUCGAAAUGGUCGCGGAAAGUUUGUCCUAAAUGGAGCCGAGCAAAGUGACCAGUAAAACGAGCAGUUUGAAAUCGUUGGUGCUAAAAGCGUGGGGAGAACGUUGGACAGAAAUCCAGUGGGGCAUAUCCAUAAAAUCGGUUCUACCAAGAGGAGUAAGUGGAGAUGUUUAUAAUUUGGCCGAUAUAAUAUUGUCCCAGGCUUUGGUCGGUUCUUAUCCCAAUGAAUUGGUACUUUCCUAUUUAAGACACUCAUUAAACUGCCAACUUGUGUCUUAUGCAGCAAUUCUUCAACGUAUUAGCAAAUAUGAUAAAUUUCAUAAGAGAUCAUGUGUCAUUGUCUUGCUGGAUUUCCUAGAAUCAACACUUCAUGGUAUAACAUGUCGAGGCAAACCAGAAGAGAGUGUACUUCCUGGAGCACUAUUAUCAUUGGUAGAUUGGCUGUUGACAUGUAUUCGUAGUGGACAUGUGCCUAAAAAUGGUACCACAAAUCGACUUGAAGAUCGUAUUGCUAAUAAAUCCAUCCAAAUUUUAGAAUACCUUUUGAAUAAUGAUUUUGUAUUUGCCAUGCUUUAUUUGGCAAAACACGAUGAUGCUAAUCUAUACUUGAUUGUUGUCAACAAGUGUCAAGAAAUCAGCCAAGAUGUACAAAAUUCAAUAGACACAAAUAUUCCACACGUGCACUCGGUUUUAAUACAAUUAUGUAAUAUUGACUUCAAAAAUUCAAUAAAACUUACAGCAAUGGAAUCAGUUACAACAUAUAAUGAACCAAUCACAUAUGUGUUACAACCGUUAUUAGCCAUUAGAGUCAUGUUGAACCCUACAGCAGAGACGCAAGUACUGGUAGAUAAAUUGAAAUUGAUUCGUCAAAUAAAAGGUUACAGCAAUCCUCGGUUGUACUGCGAAUUAAUUCGUGCUUGUCUCAUGUGUCUGCGAGAUUCUUUGAGUAAAGAAGAUCAUGGACCCCAGUGGGGUGCAUUUACAUUCAUCAAACUUCCUCAUAUCAUAAAACAUCUUUGUGAGGAUUCUAAAAGUUUUAAAGCCUCCGAAGAAGUGAUUCAAGGAUUUGAAAUGCUGUUAGAAAUGUUUCCACUAUUAGAUUUUAUUGAUUCGCAUACAGCCUGCAGUUCAAUAGAGCUUUUGCUUAAUGAAUUAGUGAAAUUAGAUUUUGUGACAGAGAAUCAAUGUAGUUCAAUAAUUAACAGGAGAGCAAGUGUUGUUUCAACACUCAACAGUCCAAAACCACCAUCCAAUGUCUUGACAAUUAUUAUGAGAACAGAACCUACAUUACAACGAAUGCUUAGAACAUUUGACUCUGAGUACUCUAAAAUUCAAGAGGCUUUAGUAAGUGUACUAAGUCAAGUACUCACUGGAAAAAGUUUAGAAUUGAUUUUGGCAGCCGCAUCAGUGGAGGGCAAACUUCGCAUGUUUGUUUCUAAAGUUAUUAAAUGUAACGAAUUCAGCAAACAAAUCAAUCUACAAGAUACUCCCAAAUCUAUAUGCACAAAUGCAGUAUUAUUUGAUAUGACAUUCUUGAUGCUCUGUUUUAUUACUCAAAAAUAUGGACAUCAAGCAAUUUUGACCGAUGGUGGUAGUAAUGAUACAUUCUUCGAAAAAUGGUGUCGACAGUGUAUGGUUGAACUAGGAAAUCCUAAGUCUCAUGAAACUAUAAUGGGUGAAUGUGAUCCAAAUAAAGUAGAAGCACUAUUAACAGCUAUUGAUAACGGAGAAGAAUUAAUAAACUGUGAUUCGAGUUGGGAUCAAAUUUGUAUAUCUAUAAUUGGAGCCACUCACGAUGUAUUAGUUGCCUGGGAAAACUCUACUCUUAGUAGUAAUGACGUGAAACGUAUUUUAGAUUCAAUGGGUUCUUCCAUGUUUUGUUUGCCUAUUUGUGCAGCAGCAUGGCUUUGUUCUUACAUGCAGGUAUUACAUCAAGACGCUUUACUUAAGCCACUAAACAUGGUACAGCAGUUAUUAAAUGUUAUUCCUGAACCUGAAGAGAAUACAGAAACCUUCUCUCAAUGCCGUCAAGCAUUAAUGUGUCGAAUAAUUCGGAAAAUGCAGCAAGACUUGCACCCACCAACAAUGCCAUCAAAACCUUCUCACAGUAUCGUAUCAAAAGAUUCCAUCCUUGAACAGCUCAUACCCAUUUGGGAGAGUAUUUUGGAAGAAGGUUGGUUAAAUAUAAAAGCUGCUCAAAAAUUGAAAACUACAUUGUUCACAGCAGGAUCAGAUUGGUUUGUCAACAAUUUGAUAAAAGAAAUGAUGAAGUUGCAGUACCGCGAUGAGCUCGAAAAAGCUGUAGAUUUACUAUUCGCCAUAUUUCACUUUGAUAUUGAGUUCUGUACACUUGCAUUACUUGAAUUAAUGCCUCAGUAUUUGUUUAAUCCAGAUAUAAAUGUGGAGCUGAUUGAACCGCAACAGACUGCUUUGGCUAAAUUGUGUUCAUACUGCAUUUAUGCAUCAGUGGAAUUUCAACAAAAUAGUAUGGUUAAAAACGAAGUUCUCAAAACUACAAAUAGCAUGGAUAUUGACAUUGAUAACUCAUGGCCACCUAAUAAAAUUAUGCGUCUGGAUAAUGGUGACUGUGAUAACACUGGUACUGGUAUAAAUGGAACAUUAUUAAGAGCAUUAGUCGCACUUUUUCGUCGUAUUGCUGUAGUCGCUUCUAGACAUGAACAGUUGUGUCGAGAAACUCAUUUCGUACUUAGAUUACUCGAGCAACUUGUCAUGUGUGGACGUGGAUCUUCGCAAAUCAUUCUUAAACAUUUGCCACCAUCACUGUUACCAAAUCUUAUACGCUGCGUUCCAGAACUUUUUACUGUUGACCUGAUAUUGAACUUAUAUGACUUAAAUUGGCCGUCUGGUCGUAAAGCUGCCACUAGUGAUCUGUGCCUAUUGCAGAAAACCCGUUGUGCAAAAAACACAGAGUAUUUGUAGUCAAGUAUUACUAGUGAAGAUCAAUUAUACGGAUAUUCUGAAUAAUCGAGCCACAAAAUGAAAUGUUGGUCUAAUACUGAUACAGAUCGAUAUAGGUCACGGAUGUACUACCGAUUUGAAAUCACUCCGCAAUAUUACAACAACAAAUUAAAAAACCAUUAUUAAUAAUAUAAUACUUUUGGGAUUGUUUUUGAUAUAAUUAUACUGAGGGAUU